AUGGCAAGGGAGCCACAGUCAAGCCUCAAAGACUUGGCUCCGGUCGCCCGGGUGUUGCACAAGAUCGACACGGAACAGCUCACACACAUCAAGGACGUCUUCAUGCGCCUUGGUGAUGCCCUCAACCUCAAGGACUUCCUGGACACGUUGCUGCCACAUGUGCGGAACAUGGAAGGAGGUGAGGAACAGGCGAUCGUCGCGUUGGAGAUGCUCCACCACCAAAUGACGGAAGGUGACGAGGAGGAGGAAGAGGCAGAAGUGAAGCCCGAGGUGAAGACCGAAGUGGAAGAAGGGAACCAGGCAUUCCUGACCGAGACGCAGAUGGGCGAGGAGGAGACUGAAAAGCUCGUUUCCUGGGACAUGCUGGCCAAUGUCUUAUUGGAAGAGGGUGUCGUGGCAAACGUCGUCAGCGGCUUCAAUGUCACGCAGGUUCUCAGUGUCCUAGAUCUGGACAAGAUCACCCCCUUGCAAGCCAUCUUCGAGAAACAGGGAACAGUGGACCUCGAAAGCUUCGUGGUCAUACUCCAGGGCCAGUUCCAGCAUGUAUUCGAGCUCAUCCACCUGUUCCAACUCUACGAAGAUGAGCGCCGGAUCAUCACGCAGCUGGUGAACCUUUUCGACACCAUCGAUGUCGACUGCACCGGAAACCUCACGUGGGAGGAGUUCACCGCAUUUCUGGUCGACCAGGGCAUGGCAGAGGACGUUCCGCAGCAGUACAACAUCAUCCGCUUCCACCAGUCACCGCUCAAGGAUGGCAACGGACAUCAGUCGCACUGUGAAAAGGUUUCCUACCUGAAGGGCUACGACAAGAUUGCCUUCGUAGAGCAAGGAAGCAAAGUUCUGAAGAUGUCACGGGCUCAGAUGAUGGCCCAUAUGAUGGCCGCCAUUAUGUUUUUGGUGGGAGUGGCGGUUGGCCGGGCAAGGGUCCUGAUGCCGCUGCUGAUGCUGCUCUUCCCCCCCCUCCUCAUCAUCAUCAGUCGUCAGAGAUCGCUUGCUGAAGAGCCCUUCAACCCACUGAAGCUCAAAGGCUACGUCUGGGAGACCGGGAAGUUGUCCGACACUGGCACAUUGGAUGGCCGCGGGUGGGGGCAGGCUGAGUCAUCAGACCUGGUUGUCCUAUUGGGGCAGCUGAAUGACACUAUUAAGGUCUUCGAGUCCUUGGAGGCCAACUUGGCGCCGGCGCAGGAGAGCUUUGAGCGAUUGAAAACUCAGCUCCGCGGUGCGAGCUUCUCGGAGAGCGUUCUCCGAAUUCGCACCAAGCGGAUCCUCAACCUGCUUUCUCAGCAGGAGAGCACCGUCGAAGACGAUGACACGUUUCGCGCGGCUGAGGCGGAGAACCAGGAGCUUGGCAAAGAGAUCAACGCCAUGAAUGCUGCAGUGGAUGCAGCCACCUUGGACUUCGGGGGCGGUCCCGGGGCCUUGAUCGCGAAUGAGGCCGAGCGUGCCAAUCGGAAGUCGGAGGACUUGUCUCGAGACAUUGAAGCCGGCCUUCGCGCUGUGCGGAAGCGGCUCGAGCGAUUUGUUGAACUUGCUGAAACCGCGAGGGACAAGUGA